UAAACCUGAGCUAGAAGCCAAGCCAAACUAAAGUGAAACCAUAGGAGUGAAACCAAACCAGUGUUUUCGUUGUUAAAAGGGACACAGAACACACAUUCGGCUUUAUUGUUGCGAUAGUGGAAAAAUACCCACAGUGAAGUCCCUCCUCAAACGUCAAAGAUGGACAAGAUCGUGAAGAUGAAGCUCCCGUGCAGAUCAGGAUGGAAGCUGCUCCACGUGAGAGGAGAUUUGUUCACCUGUCCGUCCACCGAUGCCCUGGCGCACUGCAUCAGUGAAGACUGCCGCAUGGGAGCAGGGAUCGCUGUGCUCUUCAAGAAACAUUUUCAUGGAGAGGAGGAGCUUCUGGCUCAGAAGAAGCAACCUGGGCAAUGUGCAGUGCUUAAAAGAUCUGAUCGUUUUGUGUAUUACCUGAUCACAAAGGAAAAGUACAACCAAAAACCCACCUAUGACAGUCUCAGAAAGAGCCUUGUGUCUAUGAGGGAACACUGCUUGUUCAAUGGCGUUAACAGUAUAUCCAUGCCUCGGAUUGGCUGUGGUCUGGAUAAACUGAAAUGGGAAAAUGUGUCUUCCAUUAUUACAGAAGUCUUCCAGGACACAAACAUCUCCAUCACUGUGUACUCAAUCUAGACCACAGCAGGUCUGAAACUCAUAUUAUUCCUUAACUGUUCUUAAAGAAUGGUCAACGGUUUGCUUUUUGUUCCAAUGGAAUUUCACAACAUUCUGUAUGGUGGGUGUUUAUUAGUGCUAAAUAAUGUUAAAAGACUGUUCUAUUUAUAUAUACUGAGAAUUUGGACAUUCUUUUUAAUCUUAAAAUGAAGAAAUUGUUUAAUUUUGUAAAUAAAGUUACAGUAUGUCUUCAAAUUCACAUUUUUCCAGUAAAAUAUUACUAAUUAAGUGUACCACAAUAUAAAUGCACAAUGAAUGACCCAUCAAUAAUGAUUUCACCAAUAUUCUGAAAUUAUUAUUUCCAAUUGAUUCUUAAGUAUACCAGUUCCUGGAGACUUUCCAAAGUUUUUGCUUAAUUCAAACCACUUAGUAGCAUUCUACUUUUACCAUGUCUUUCUAUGGCAGAAAUGGUAAGACUAGUAUGCAGUUCUGAACUCAUUUUAGAGGCUAUGCCCUCCAAAGGUCGCAUUAGUCGGACUCGGCAUCAUCGAGGCUCUAUCGUGUCAGUGAAGCAACCAUUAUAAAAACUAAAAUUAUUCUUUGUGAGGCAUAAAUACUGUCGUUUCUUUCUUACUUUGGAAACAAAUGUAACCAGAGUGUGUAGCCAUCGAAAUGAGACAAUGCUAAAAUGUGCAGUUUUGAUCCACUACUUUAGUAUAUUAUAAGCAGAAUUGAAAAACAUCAUACCUUUAUACCGCUGUCUUUAGAAUGUACUCAUGAUUGGAAAUUGACUCAUGUUUAUGGCAUUAACAUACAAGGAGACUAUUCACUACACCGCUUUUUGCCCUAUCCCAUUUCAAAAUAUUAGACAAAAUUAGAAUAUUUAACCAUAUUAUACUAUAUUUUGGUUUGCAAAUAUACUUGGAAUUAACCGGAAAAUAAUCAAUUUCAUGCUUGCAAUUUACAUUACACCCAGAUGUUUGGCUUCUAAAGAUUUUCCUGAAAUUUUACUCUAUAAAAUAGGAAUAUAAACAGCAGCUUGUUCCUUUGCUACUUAAUCAUAGGCCAGCAGCGUCUCUUUAUCCUACUUUAAAAUAUCACACAACUUCUCAUCAUAAUAUUCAUAGCUAUCUUGACAGUCUUCCCAUGGUGCAAAGUUAUCUUCCUCGUUCUCAACGAAAGUAGACCAGACGUACGCAAAAUCCAAAGGCCUCAUCAUGCGUAGUUUACAUCCCGCCCUAGCUAGCGCCUGAAGUCCGGCCUGUAUCUCUGGUUCCUCCCAUUGGAAAAGGCGGGAGCAGUGGAUAUUAAGGCGCAGUGACUUGCGUGCUUGCAAGAUCUCGAUAAGCUUAGCGGCGCAGGCUGCGCAAGGGCUCGAGGACGUGUACCAGGUCACUGUGUACUGGAGGGACUUGUCGUAAUAGGCCAGCACCUGGUGAAAGAAGGCCACUUCAGCGUGUGAACCCUUAUGCUCAUCCUCCAGGUAACCACGGAGGCCGUCUUUCUCUGUAGCGUCCCCUUGAAUGUCUACCUGGUAGCACAGGAAGGUCUUAUUGCGCCCGGAAGAAUAUUCCACGUUUUUAAACUGGAACUUGAAGAAGGUGGGGUUCAUUCUGUCUCUGUGGGAAGAAGGAGGACAUUUUGUGUCUUAAGUAAUGCCUGGCAAUUUUUUAUGAGCUUUCCUGUUUUCUGACUUCAGUAGAAUUUUAGCAAUUAGUGCAAACAAUCCCCAAGACAUAAACUCACACAUUCCAUUGUGAGAACUGAAAUACACCACACAAACCAAUUUUAAAACACUAGGCAUCAUACACUUUUGUAAAUGGUUACAGAGGAAAAACUGGGCAUCAUACAAUACUGAGAUUCACACAUUACUAGACUAGUUCUUCUGAAAGCAAGAUACUCGUGUAGAGACAUGCACCUCUCUGCUAGGAGACGCAUGAAAAUAAUACGUGUUAUAAAAUAUCAAACACAUAUUUUCCGACUGAUGAAAUCAAGUCUGUGCCUUUCAGAAACUAUGCGAUGUUCUGUGAAAUCUGUCAUUUCCGUCUGGCCAAAAUUUGUAGACUGGCUCUUAUUUACAGUAAAAUCAGGCAAAAAAAAAAAAAAAAAAACUGUGUUUAAACAAAGAGUCCAUUAACUUUGGUAAGAAGUGUUUCUUCUUGGGUGGCCACUAAUAGGACUACACUGACUCAAAGGGAGUUAGUUAAUUGGCUUGUAUAGAGCUCUUUGUUGAAAUAUAUUCUUAUAAGAUCUAGAGUUUAAUUGUGAUAUUUGGAAGAACCACCGAUUGUCUGAUAAGACAAAAGCUGAACAUUUAUGACACUACAAGACAAGUCAUUGGCCACUUAAACACCACACCACACGCUUGCUGAACAUUGAACUUCAAAACCGACCUUAAUGGUAAACGGGUCCUCUCUAACAGCUUCUACUCUUCAGAUAAGUUUGCACUAAGUUUGAUCAUGGUUGUUGAGAUUUGUUCCCAUUAAAACAUGUGAGCAAUUCAUUCCAGUGUGGUUUCAGGUCUGGGUUUGUUCAGGUCAAGUUUUUCCACAUUAGGCUCAUUAAAGCUUACAGACCUCGUUUAGUGAAGUCACAGAGCUUUUCUGCCCUGUUAAUCUUUGCAGAUUGUCUGUAUCCUUGGUUUUAUGCUACUGUUGUUACUGUGGGUGUAGCUGAAAUAGUAAAACUGGUUAAUUAAUUGGCAGUGUCCACAUACUUAGUCAUUAUGGUUUAGGGAUACGCCUACUAGUCUGUGGCAAAGACAGGAAAAAUCAUAAAGACAAAAAUGAGAAAUUGAUUGCACUAAAUAGCACAUAGAUAAAUCCUAAAGAAAAAAAAACUCCAAAAAUCUCUGGGUUUAAACUUUAAAGCAAUGCAUGGAUUGGUCUAAUUCACAUUGUUACCAAGAAGGAUGGAAUUUGAGAUGUAUCUGUUGUCAGAGUUGAUCCCACCAAGUAUUAUUUGUCACAAGUGACAAUUACGCAUGCAUUAAGUUCUAGUCUAUCAUUACGUUGUAAUUUGUUAAAAUGCAUUUUAAGUGAAGUAAUCUUAAAAUCAAUUAUAGUGUCAUUCAUGCUGAGCCUAUAAUAAAAUGUGAAACAGUUUUUCUUCAUUGUAUAGCGAAAAUUCUUCUACCUUGAUAUUAGAUGACAUCCAAUUUUUUCCACACAACAUUUAUACCAUGCUGUUGUGAAUUUUAAAGAUACUCUACCCCUUAAAGGUACAUUUUUGUACCUUAAAGUACUUAGCAACUUACCUAGUACUAAGGUUAAUAAGCUAGUGUGCUCCAAAACAACGACCAAAUUUGUGUUUGGAAGAUAUAAGCAUUCAAAACUUAAAGUGUCUCACUUCCCCCAAUUUGGAUCAAUGAUUUAAAAUCGGUCACACAUUUACUAUUUUCUACAUAGUGAAUGGUUUCACCAUCCACUAUUCUGCAUAGGGAGCGAUUCAGACAGAGUAAAUAUGCUUUUCAUUGGGGUGAAUGAAGUCCCCGAAACUCGCACACCGUCUGCUCCGGUCCAGAGACACAGAUCAUAUGCGCAAAAUGAUAUGGAGGAGAUUAGACAAGAAACGGUUUCUAGUUGCCGCAUUAAAGCUACUGACCCGGUGAAAACUGAAAAGCUAUUUUUGCAUGGUGCAUGACUGUUCGCACUGAGUGAUUGAAAUAGGCCUAUUACUAUGGGUUCCAGUUAGUAUAAAAGAAAGAUGUUUGACGUACCCUACAAUGAUCUCAAAUGGAGGCAGCUCCAUAGGCUCCAGCUCAAACUCUUCAUCUUUGACGGGGCCUUUGGCUCCUUCUGCUAUCUCCCCAUUUCCCUGUGGCAUCUCCUCAUCUUUUUGCUGAUUUUCUGGUGUCUUCUCUGGCUUCUUCGUCAUCUUUUCAUCUUUAACCUUGUUCUUUUCUUUCUCCUUUUGAGGUUUACUCUCUACUUUCUCCACUUUCUUCUCUUUCCUUUUCACCACACUGCCUUUACUGGGAGUCUUGCUGUCCUUUUUGUCCGCCAUGAUUUAGCUGUGCGAUGAAAUGAGUCUGCUAGAUGGGAGCGUGUGAGAGGUGCUGUUGAUUCAGUGUGUGUGGGUGAGUCAGAGAGAUGACAGGCUGAAUCUGAGAGUUGAAGAUGAAGAUAAAGAUAACUCACUGUCACAAACAGGAGCUGGUCAGAGAACGCACAAGGGAGAGAGACUGAAAGGGCAGCUGCUCUCUUGUUUCCAUGCUAUAAAAAGGCCAAAGUAUAAUGAAGAGGGGGGGUUUCAUAUAUUCCUUGUUUAAACACACCACAGAUUUGCUCAACAAGUGCUUCAACUAGCCUUUUUUCCAGCUCAGUUUCAAAUACGUAAUGAGCACUGACAUACAACCAGGUAUAUAACCAGGCAUUUCCUUCCCCGUCUGAUAAGGAUAUUAUUGCUGUUCAAACACCAACAACAGGCAGUUUAUUAAUAACUGUAGUUUGGCAUGGAGUUCAGAAUGACUCAGUCUCUUCACAUAGUGAAUACCAUAGUUCAAUUUAGGCCCUUACGACCCUCACAUCAAAGUCGUCUAAGGUCAGCAUUGCACUGGCCAGUCCCUGAAAAACUUUUUUUCCAUGCAUGCAUUCACUUACCCAUUGGCAAAUUGUUUACAGAUACUAGAGUUGUGUUGGAGGAAAUCCAAUUUUAGGAAAUUUCUAAAAUAUCCCCACUCUACCCAUUAGAGUCAUUACUAGUUCCCUUAAAGCUUUUGUACACAUUCUUGAACCUUUUCCAGAGCCGGGAAACCUGUGAAAGUGUAAGCAUAGCUACUAACUGAAUACUGCGCAGUAUAUACUGUGUAUAUGUACUGCUUGCCAUUUAAGAAAAAUACUAUGUGAAACAGAAGGAGUUAUUCCAUGUUAUAAAUUACCAUCACAUGUUUAAUUCCACAAAUCUGCUCAGCAUCUUUUGGCUAAUAUUCUGGUUCAUCCAUAACAAUUAAUCAAUUAUAGAAACGGAAGAUCAGUGCAUUAUGUUAUUGGAUAUGAUGAUUUAGGCUAUAGGCUACUUCACAUUUUUAGCAAAUGUAGAAUGCCAAUCGAAUCCAUAGUACAUGAUACUGCAGCAAUUGUAUGAGUAUAGCAGUCCCACAUCUCUGCCCUAUAGGCUACAAUGGUCAUUGACCAUAAAAAGAAGGUGCAUUGCUACUAGAGUAUUUAUUUUAAGAGUCAUGUUAAGUCCUUUGCUAUAAAGGUUUUAUGAAUACACAUCCUAAGAGCAGAUUGUAUGAAUACACAUCCUAAGAACAGAAAUGUUUAAUAAGUAAAGAAUUGUUUAAAUAUAGAUCUGAGUAGCUGAAGUUUUGUAUCGUCCAUUAUAAAAGUCUACGUACACAUUGUGUAAAAUACAAUCUCACCUUCCCUGAGCCACAGUUUUUAGCUGAAGAGCUGCUUCUCAAACAGAUCUGGUCUGAAUUGUACUGAUGAUCCCGCUCUGGGACGUUUUAAUUAUAUCAGUAUGCAAGAUUUAUUUGAUCUCCUUUUGCAUGUUAAACUCUUGAUAACUGGAGUGCAAUAUGGGUAUGCUACAACCAUCAUUUUGGAGGUAUUCUGUGGUCUGAUCCAGGGCAGAAAACCUCAUUAAUUUUACUUGGUGCAUCUGAGCUUUCAUUUUGAAGUGGUAGUGGUUCCAUUUUCAUGUGUAUCUUUUUAGCACUAACAGAAAUUCACACUAUACUUGGUGACACAACUAUCCCAUAGCAAAGCAAAAUUGUUUUCAAGUCACCCCUGGAUUAUUAAUAAUACAGUAUUAUUGAAAUAGUUAUAUAGUUUGAAAGAUAAUCUGAAUGUAAAAUAAUCAUUCAGAACGUAAAAUAAUCUGAAUGUUUAGUUUUAAAUGAAUAAAGCAAAGCUUUGUUCUGUGCGUCAGUGUGUUUUUAUUUUGCUUUAACCAAUAUUCAUUAUUACGUUUAAACAGCAAGGAUGUACUAAAAUCCGAAAAGUUAUCCUUUGGGUUUUUCGUGCACUGGCGACACCGUUGUCCAAACGAUCCACAUUCACACAGAUCUGCAAAAACAACUACCAACAUACUCCAGCCAGGCCAGUAGUUGACAAUGUAAAUAAUCACUCAAAUAGACUGAACAUGUACGUACGCACAUGAAGUUAUUUUUGAAAGUUACACGGCGGCGAUAAAGGCAACGUUUCCAAAACUUGCGUUUUCAGGCCUCCAAAUCCCAUUGUGGUGUAACUGAAUGGCCAAAACGCAUAAAAGGUUUGUUUUUAGUUGAAAACGAUGUUGUGUAAACGGCCAGAAAUUUGCAAAAAUUUAAGCAGCAUAAAUUUGAUUUAGAAUUUUAUAAGCUCUUUGUUAUGCAUUACAGAAAAUAGUUUUUAAAUGAAUUAAACACUAGCAUCCAUUUGUCAAAUCAAAUAAUAUUUAAAAUGUAAUCGCUUGAAAUAUGUUAUGCUUAUUGAGGUCGCUGUAUAUCUUUAUUUAAAAUGGAUGUUGUAUGCCCCUGUUGUAUGCCAGUUCUAAAUGUUAUUUUCAUAGCAAAUAAAACUGACCAAUUUACCACACAAACACACCUACACAUCACAUUCGCAGCAAAUGACAGGCAGGCCUCCUUUGUUGGCGUAGAGAUUGCAAUUAUAGGCAGGAUGGCAAUUUCUUUUGAGGUUUGGCAAGAAGGGAGCGUGACAAUGAGAAAAUGAAAUUGCAGUCGGAGACAUUGCUACUGCUGUUUCAAUAUGGCUGUGCCAUUUUUGCAUGAAUGAUGGAAAUGACAUGUCAAAUGGACUUAGCUUUUCCAUUUAAAAUUUGGCAGACGUUGUAAAUGACGUGUGCACAAAUAGAAAAUGCAACUGCAAGUACAAUUUUGCCCAGAAUAUGAUACUGUAGUAUUGCUGAGACUGAGUGGGAAACUGAAAUCAGGAUUCACAUCCCAUAUACACACACUCACAAAUGUUCAUUAUAUCUGCACUGCAGCAGUGCCAACCCCGUCUAACACAUAAAUCUGUUUGAAAUUGAGUUUAUUGAUUGAAUGUCCUUUUUGCUAUUUUCUCCUCCACAUGAUCAGAAUACAAGCACAGAUAAACUCCACUGUUAAGAUACAGAACCUAGCAUAAGUGCGUUUAUAACUGUAAAUGCACGCACACUGACAUAUGUGAUUGCGCUAUGAAGACACUCAAAUUAGCAUAGUAUUGCAUGGCAAAGUAUUUCACAGUUAUGACAGGACAAGAAGUCAGGCUUGAUAAAACAGUUUUUUUUACUGAAAUGGAAAAGUUUAUUUCACACAAAAAGUCUUUAACACACACCAGCUUUUCUUGAUAUCCCACAAGCUUUCUCCAUUCAGUUCUACAAGCUAGGAGUCUACAGUCCACCAUCAGUGUUCUCCAAUUUCCCAUAUUUCCUGAAAUGUAAUUAUUUUCAAUUACCGAACCUUCCUGCUGCUUUCUAGGGGGUAGGUUUUGUACACAAAGAACCCCAACAAAAAGCUUGUCAGAUAUACUGAAUGUAUACUCUGUUUGACCAAUUCUUUCCUUGAAUAAAUAUAAAGCUAACUAAUAUACAUAAAAUGUUUAAUAAUGUUUUGCUGGAAAAGUAACUCUUCUUCUUACAUGUGUUCUGAGAAAGCUGCAAGAAUGGUUUUUCUGGGCUUCUACAACAUGCUGAUGGAAGGAGAAUUAUUAUAUAAAUAUUUGACAAUUAAUCAAGUGUGCACUGUACUUAUCUGAUCCUGUUGCAUUUUGGGGGAGUAAAAGUUAAUACACAAAACUGCAAUCUGCAGUCUG